AUGUCCAAGGCUCGAGGACAUGCUAUAGUUUCCUCCACGUCUAAUUCCCGCACUGAUGCGACUGGCAGCACUCUUGACAAUGCCACUCCCGCACCCGCACCCUCCCCGUCCAGGGAGUCCGGAGCGCGUCUCACCACCACCACAAUUGCGUGGACUAUGAUGUCGCUUUGUUUGUCUGUGCUCCUCUCCGCUCUUGACUUAACAAUUGUUACUCCUGCAAUUCCCGCUAUAGUUGGCACGUUCAAAUCUUCGGCCAGCUAUAUCUGGGUGGGAAGCGCUUAUACCCUGGCCUACGCAGCCAUAACGCCAGUAUGGGGCUCGGUCUCCGACAUCUGGGGCCGAAAACCCAUUAUGCUCAUUGCAGUCGCUGUUUUUCUCAUCGGCAGUCUUGUCUGUGCCCUUGCACCGCAUAUGGAUGCUCUGAUCGCGGGACGGGCCAUUCAGGGAUUAGGUGGCUCCGGAAUGGGGAUCAUGGUCAAUAUUGUUGUCAGCGAUAUGUUCUCGCUACGAGAUCGGGGGUUGUAUCUCGCAAUCACUUCGCUCGUAUGGGCAGUUGGCAGUGCCAUAGGGCCUGUUCUGGGUGGCGUUUUCACAUCGAGGCUCACUUGGAGAUGGUGUUUUUGGAUUAACUUACCAGUCGGAGCCGUCUCCUUCCUGGUCUUGCUCUUCUUUAUGAGGGUUCCGAGCCCUCGAACACCCAUUGCCGCCGGCCUGAAAGUCAUUGACUGGACAGGCACUCUUUUGAUCAUAGGCGGCUCUUUAGUGGUCCUCCUUGCCCUUGACUUUGGCGACGUCGUCUACUCCUGGUCUUCUGCAACCGUCAUCUGUCUAUUGGUUUUCGGAACGGCAGUGAUGGCGCUGUUUGUGGUUAACGAAUGGAAGAUUGCCAAAAACCCAAUUAUUCCAGUUUGGCUGUUCACCUCGCCGACCAAGAUAGCGCCUUAUGUUGUCUUCGCGUGUAAUUCAUACGUGUUUAUUGGACAAGCAUAUUACCUGCCCUUAUAUGCGCAGUCCGUUCUGGCCGCAAGCGCGCUAAGAUCAGGCCUCUACCUUCUACCACUAAUCGUCUCAUGUUCCCUGGCCGCGGCGGCAGCCGGGAUCUUCAUGCAGCAGACCGGGAAAUAUCUCCCGGUGAUGUAUAUUGCCCAGGGCUUUUUAGUUCUCGGCUCCGGUCUACUAGUUAGUCUUGAGUUUGAAGCUAAUAUGACCAAACUGGUCAUCUUCCAGAUCCUAGUCGGUAUCGGUGUAGGCAUGAACAUCGAAGCGCCGAUCCUUGCUGCUCAGGCGGCAACCAGUAUCCGGGAUACAGCAGCCGUCACUGCGACAAUGGGGUUUGUCCGGUCUCUCUCUACAGCUAUUUCGGUUGUUGUCGGGGGUGUGGUGUUUCAGAAUGAGAUGAGUGCGAAAAACGAGGAAUUAGCAAGCCAGCUGGGUUCCAACUCUACUUUGGCCAGCGAUUUCAACGGCGACAAUGCCGCUUCGAGUGUGGAGGAGAUUAGCACUCUCGGACUAGAUGCAGUUCAAGAGACCUUGGUUAGGAAGACGUACUUUGAGGCGUUGAGAAUGGUGUGGGUCAUGUAUGUGGCAUUUGCUGGACUAGCUACCGUUCUUAACCUGUUUGUGCCAGCGCAUAAGCUUCGGACUGAGAAUGAGGGCGCCGUGCUGGGGGCCGACCGGUCAAGGCAACAGGGGAGCCCUGCUGCUGGGGCCGCCGAAUUGGAGUUGCGGAAUGAGCGAGAGGAUUAA